GCGUAGCAUGCAUUUAACGCGGCGUUCCGUGGUUUCGUGAAAGUGACACGUUCAUGACGUCUCUGUGGUUUUUGCGACACACUUCGAAAUUGGCUCUUCUUAGGGCUGUGUUCUGUUUUCGAUUAAAGCGCGCGAGAUCAAGACCGAGACCAAUGACUCGAGACCAAGACUGAGACCAGUGAUCGGAGGCCAAGACCAGCAUGUUCAAGACCAAGACCACGUUCAAACUGGCCUCGAGACCAAGACCAGUGUCAACAACUACUACACUAGACCACAUGAUGGACUAGACUGGAGGAAAGAGCUAUCGUUAUCCAUUUUUUCAAAAUUGUGGAUUUUGAUACAAUGACGAAAGGAAAUCAAGGGCGGUUUCUCCUCGUAUAUGGCUCUCAGACCGGCCAGGCCAAGGCCAUAGCUGAAGAAAUCUUUGAGAUGUCACCAAAUCAUGGAUUGGAGCCAGAGAUGCACUGCUUCAGUAUGACUGACAAGAAGUUCAGCAUCGAAAAAGAGACAUGCAUUGUGAUAGUCGUUUCUACAACAGGAGAUGGUGAGCCACCAGAUACUGCACAGAAGUUCUGGCGUCGCAUCAAAAAGAAAACAUUACCUAGUGAUCACCUUGCUGGAGUUCAUUUUACUCUGCUGGGUCUUGGAGACUCCAACUACACUAAUUUCUGUCGCAAUGGCAAAAAUUUUGACCAAAGACUUGAAGAGCUUGGAGCAAGCCGCUUUUAUCCAUCUGGCUUUGCUGAUGAUGCGACCGGCUUAGAAAUUGUUGCAGAACCCUGGAUUGAAGGACUAUAUCCAGCCCUUAGAAAGCAUCUUGGCAUAGACUGUGUCUCUGAGAGUCAAACUGACACCUCAGUUAUAGCAACUGAUGGUACCUGUGACUCAAACCAGGGAAUGAAAGUUAGAAAUGAAAUUGUUGAUUCUAGUGAUAGAUCCUCAAACCUGAUGGAGAAUGUCCAGUCCCCCACUGAAGUGAAGGGUGAGGAAGUAUCUUCUGCUCUUAAAUCUGAAUCAAGAACUUCAGAAAAUGCCGAAAACAGUUCUGCCAAGGAAAGGACAAGUAAUCAAGGUUUUCCAGCGUCAUCAAGACCUUCCAAAACUCCUGGUAUUGCAGAGGAAAUGAGUAUUAAAAAUGAUGCGAAUGGCACAGCGUCUGGCACUAUAGCUUCAGUCAUAAACCAAUUCAGUAACUCCCCAUCAUCAAAGAAAGAGCCCACUACUUCACUGUCUGGGUCUGAUGAUGCCACUCAACAGAAUGUAGUGCUUAAAAGAACAGGUGGUGAAGAUACACCUGCUAAAAACAGCGAUGAGCCAAUCGGUAUAUCAGGAUCUUCCUCUAACACAGAAAGCUGUGCCUCACUGACUAGGUCUAUCCCACCCUUAUCUGAAAGUGGUCUUACACUGCCUGUUGCUUCACCUGCAUUCCUUGAAGUGGAGUUCCAUACUGAACAGACCUUGAACACAGAUGAUCUUCCUCUUCAAGGUGGAGCACCCAUGCCAUCUGCUGCUUCCUCUGUUACCAUGGUAAAGUUUGUCUCUGCUACUAGGCUGACCAGAGAAGAUGCUGUCAAGACAGCGCUUGACCUGGAACUAGAUAUUUCUGAGAGUGGAAUUCAGUACCAACCGGGAGAUUCCUUCAGCAUUAUCUGUCCUAACGAUAGUAAAGAGGUCAGUAACCUCAUACAAAGGCUCGGCCUUGCAGACAAGGCAGACUGCCCAUUGAGUCUGCAGGUGCUAAGUGGAACUAAGAAGAGACGUGCUGCAAUACCAGAGUAUAUACCCACACCCCUCUGCUCCUUAAGGCAUGCCUUUCUGCAUUGCUGUGAUAUAAGGAGUCCACCAAAGAAGGCAUUCUUGAGAGUCCUUAUAGACCACACAAGUGAUGAGUCUGAGAAACGUCGACUGCAGGAACUGUGUAGUAAACAAGGUGCAGGGGACUAUGGUGCCUUCAUACGAGAUCCUCACCUGUCGCUAUUGGAUAUCCUAACAGCUUUCCCAUCGUGCAGUCCUCCUCUGAGUCAACUGUUUGAGCACCUGCCUAGGUUACAGCCUAGACCUUAUUCAAUAUCAAGCUCCCCGUUAGUGGAUUCCAACAAGUUGCAUUUUGUCUUCAACAUUGUGGUCUUUUCUGAAGAGCAAGGGAGGAACAAGCAACGUGAAGGAGUUUGCACAGGAUGGCUUAAUCACUUGACCAAAAUCCAACACUAUUCAGAUGAUUCAUUGCAUAGUCAGAUGUUGCAACUUGAUAUUCAUCCAGAGAUAAGGAUACCCAUUUUUGAACGCACCAAUCAGCAUUUCCACCUCCCAGCUGACCCAACCACGCCCAUUAUAAUGAUUGGACCAGGCACAGGUGUGGCUCCUUUUAUAGGAUUUUUACAGCAUAGGGCUUGUAUGCAGCAGACAGGAGUGUGUCUUGGUCCAGCUUGGCUAUUAUUUGGUUGUCGACAUCGGGAUAGAGAUUUCUUGUACAGGGAGGUUAUUGAGGGUCAUCUGUCCUCUGGUAUCUUGUCCAAACUCUGCUUGUCCUUCUCACGUGAUCUGAUCCAAUCAGUGACCAGUGAGAUUGCAGGAGCAAGGAAUGUACCUGAUGUCCCUCGCUAUGUUCAGGAUAACAUGAGGAAACAUGCUACUGAACUCAGUCAACUGAUUCUAGAGGACAAGGCAGUGAUUUACGUUUGUGGUGAUGCCAAGAACAUGGCUAAGAAUGUGACUGCCACAUGGAGUGACAUCUUCAUGCAGGAGACAGGGAGGAGUGCUUAUGAAGCAGCGUGUCUCCUAGCAACAUUACGUGAAGAGAAGCGUUACUUGGAGGAUGUGUGGACUUGAGAGAAACCCAGAGAUGGGAUAAAUGCUGAUGGUACCAAUGGCCUCGUUCAAACUUGUUUGGGCUUAAUUAAAAAAGUUACUUUGAAAAAGUUUUCUGGAAAGAAACUGAGAGAAUAACAUAUCUUUGAUUUUUUGGGGUUGGUAGAGGUGUUUGGAACAGUGACAUUAUAUUCAUGUGAAUAGGGGCAAAUAAAAGACGGAUAAAAGGUUUAUUACAACUCCAUGUUCAUGUACUCCUUUUUCUUUGUAACAAAGUCUAUUUAAAGGAUAUACAUGUAUUUAUUUGGCGUAUUAUUUGUUGUCUUUACAGACUUCAUACGUACAGGAAUUCCUUCUUCAAGAUCAGUUGCAUGGAAUGUACCAAUGUUUUAGUCUGCCCUCCUUUUGUAUAAUCAACACUUGAGCUACUCAGUCAUCCAAUUUUAAUAAUUUAAUACGGUUAGGUUGUCAAAGAUGGGCUCAAAAGUCAUUAAAUCGGUGUAAGAAACAAGUCAAAAAGAUUUUUUGAAUUUACAUUGACUCAUUCCUUGUUUGUCAGUGAUUGGAUUUAUAGGAGAAACGAAGGAAAAGGGGGUUUUGAAUGGCUUGUAAAAUUUUUAUUAAUAAAAACUGUUGAAUACCACACACAUUUGUCAUUUAUAAGUUCUAAAGUCGUCUAUUUGAAUAAAGAAAAGUAUUUUCUUGUUACUUGCAAUCCUUGAACUAAGAAGACGAAAUUACAUCAAGACUUAUUACUUCAGUUGGAAGUAUAUGUUCAGCCUGUGAUUAGUAUUUGCUCUGCAAGAGGUUGAAGAUGUAGCCACAUGCCAACAUUUAAACCGAAAUCCACUUUAUGUUGAUCUGGUCAGAGAAUAAUUCUUCGAAGAUAAACAUCGAUGCGUUGUGAGAUACCUUCAAACGUCUUUAACAAGAGGUCUUGUGGCUUUGCAGAGUACCUUGUAACAGAACCUUGUCAGAUGAGAAAUGAAAACAAUAAAAGAUGAAGCAUUUGAACCUAACAUUCUCUUUUAAGUAGAAUGUUGUAUUAAGUUGUCUUUUAACAAGGUUCGACUUUGCAUGUAAUACAAAAUAUGAUAAUAGGAUAAUGGUUGUACUAAUUACAGUGAAAUAGCAUGUCAAAACUAAUGAAGGAAUCAAUUUGCAACAAA